AUGCAGUACAAAGCGCUUGCUACUCUAUUCUUUGCCACUGCGGCCCUUGCCGCCCCGGCCGCCGAGUCCGAUUCCAGCUCCAGUGAUAUUGAUACCGCCAUUGAAUCGGACUCGAUCCCAAGCAAUAUCCUCUCAGUGCUCGAGACCGCCGUUCCUACCACCUGGCUCGAUAGCUUCUACACCGAUGCGGCCUUCCAGUCCUCUGAAAUCAACGAGAUUUUGUCCGGCACCUACCCGGCUUGGUACAGCAGCCUCCCCGAGAGUGUGAAGCAGUAUGCCACCUCCGAGGUUCUCGCGGAGGCUUCGGAGCUCGAAAGCUACUAUACUGCGAUGCCCACCAACACCGCUUCUAGUAGCGCCCAUGGUGCUUCUUCUUCUGGUGCUGUGUCCAGUACUCCCCUGACCACAUCCACCUCAACUGCCACAACCUCGGGCAGCUCCUCAUCCAGCUCUGCCUCGGCCUCCGGUGAAUCCACAUCCACAUCCACUGCUGGUGCUCCUGCUGCUACCGGUGGUAUCGCCAUGAGCCUUGCUGGUGCCGCUGGUAUCCUGGGUCUUGCUCUUGCUCUGUGA